UAGGAAACAUCGACUUCCACAUUAGGAAAUCAAAACCCUUCCGACCAUUGCACCUCCUGAGCGAAGACUUCAUCUUCUCCAACGUUCGAUCCACUCAAAGGGAACCCCUCCGCUGCCACCAUCGCACCAGUAUGAUCUCUCAACAGAAACCCGACAGCUGAUUUCCCGUAGUUCCUGAAGAUUACCCAGUUUAGCUUCCCAUGAGGUCUCUUCGGCUUCAUCCAUCGACAUAGUUGGGGCUUUCUUAGCUUAAACGAGACAGCAUUCAACACAGAAUCCCAAUAUUCUCUCCAUAGAUGCCAGGCUAAGACUCUAGAGAAUUAGCAAAAGAACUCCAAACUGAGUUUGCAAAAGGACAUAAAAGCAGAAUAUGAUCCUGGGAGAUGCACUCCUUCUUGCAAAAAGGGCACAUAGUCGAAUAGACUACAAAAAAAUCCACCAACCGCUCCGGAAAUGGUAGCCCUUUGUUCCACAAUCUCCAAAGGAAAACACUGAUCUUUGGCACCUGCUUCGGAUGCCAUAUAAGAUCAUUAGACAAAGCCCUACCCUAUUGAGGCCAUAAAGCCUGAUAAGCUGAUUUAGAUGUAAAUCUUCCAUCUUUUGUGUAUUUCCACUUUAUGUUCUGUGUAUCCCUGGUCACCAUCUCUUCAGCCUUCUCGUGAAUGAGGCUGAUUCGUCUCCAAGUAGGCGAGUCAGAUGGCUUAAAAUCCCCCAAAACCCGUCUACCAUACUUACUCCUCAUUAGAUCAGUCCAAAUAGAAUCACCCUCCUGAUAUUCCCACCAUAGUUUAAUGGUAGAGACAAUUUGAAUAUCAGACAGGGACCUUAUACCCAUCCCACCACACUCCUUAGGCCUGCACAUCUUCUUGCAGCUAAUCCAAUGAUAUUUCGGUUUAUUAUUCGUAUAGCCCCAGAAGAAGGCAGCAACCUUUUUUUUUAUCAUGUUUGAGACUGACCUAGGCAAAUUAGUAACUGGCAAUAAAUGUAAAGGUAAGGAGUUAAGCACAUGCUUAAUUAAUACCAGUCUUCCCCCUUGAGACAACCACCUUUUACUCCAAGAAGAUAGUUUUCUGUCAAAAGACUCCAAAAGGUCUUUACAAUGUGACACUCUAGUAAUUCCUUGGGGAAGCUGAACACCCAGAUACUUAAAAGGCAGUUUCACAACUUUCAUCUCCAGUAAGUUUUCAAUUUGUAGAAUUCUGGCUAACGUAGUAUGUUUUCCAACCACGAAACAACUCUUUUCUUUGUUUACCAGCUGCCCCGAAGCACGUUGGUAAGUCUGUAAAAAUCUAUUAAAAUUCUUAAUAGACUUAGAUGACCUGUUGAGAAAUACCAUUAAAUCAUCUACGAAGGCCAGAUGAGAGAUACGGAUGCCUCUGCCCAGAUUGAAAGGUUCAAUAGCUCCUGUAGACACCAAAUUUUUUAGGCCCCUAGAGAAUGCUUCAGACAUAAUAAUGAAAAGUAACAGUGACAAAGGAUCACCUUGCUUGACUCCUCGACCAGGUUUAAAAAAACAUAGGGGACCCCGUUAAUGAGAAAGGAUAUGUAUGUAGCACGAAGAUUUCCCACAAUGAGAUCACUCAUACACUGAUUUAAACCAAACUUUCCCAAAAUAGCCUGUAAGAAAUCCCAAGAAACCAUAUCGAAAGCCUUAACCAUAUCCAGUUUAACCACAAUGUUAGAAGAUCUCACCUUUUUGUCUAAAUUAUGUAGCAUUUCAAGAGCAACCAAUACUUGAUUUUUAAUCUCUCGCCCUUUCAUAAAACCGGACUGUUCACGGGAAAUGAUUUUUGGCAGUAAGGAAUUCAACCUGCUUGCAAGAAUCCUAGUGUUUACCUUGCUUAUGAACGUAGAUAAACAGAUAGGACGAUAAUCACCAAAGGAAACAAGAUUUUUCUUUUUAGGGAUGAGAACCAUAUUCACACUUCCCACUCCCUUUGGAAUAGGAAUUCCUAAGAAAAAUUCAUGUACAGCAAGAAUGACAUCCGAUUUAAUUAUAGCCCAGCAGCUUCUAUAAAAAGUUCCCCCAUAUCCAUCUGGCACAGGUGCGGCCUCGUGACUAAAACCCCAAACUGCUUCCCGAACUUCAGCUUCACCUGGAAGUCUCCCAAGAUAGUCAUUAUCCUCUUCAUUUAAAACAUUAGGAAUAUUCUCCAGUACGCCUUCAUAGGAAGAAACUUCUUCUUCCUUAUAAAGAUUGCUGAAGAAAGCCACCGCUGCAUCUGCAAUUUGAUCCUUAUCAUAACACCUUUCUCCAUUGUCUUUUUUAAUGGUCACAAUAUUGUGCCUUCGAAACUUAUCUUUCACCGCCUCAUGGAAAUAGUGAGUGUUAGCAUCUCCCUCUUUUAGCCAUUUUAUUCUCGCCUUUUGCUUCCAAAAAAAAUCUUGUUGCUUAGCCCUCAACAAGAGCUCUGCUUGUUUCUGGAAACAAUUACUUCUAUUGCUCUAAGUAGGAUUUUCUUCAAAAGCCUUGUCUGCAAUCAUUGCCUCCUCUUCAAUCUUCUUUGCUUCAUUAAAAAUAUCCCCAAAAACUUCUUUAUUCCAUUUUUAAUAUCCAUCUUUAGUCUCCUUAGCUUAUCACACAGUCCCCUCAUCCCUCCAACCAUAGUCCGUAGGAUACUCAGCCCAACACUUCUUAACAAAUGGCAAAAAUUCUUCGUGGGAUAGCCACAUAUUUUGAAACCGGAAUUGUUUAGGACCCUUCUGAGUAGAUUCUUCACAGAGCAGUAAAAUUGGGCAAUGGUCAGGCAGCGAUUUAGUCAGAUGUUGUGUACUUACUACAUUAAAUUUAGAAAGGAAACCUUGAUUAGCCAAGUAACGAUCAAGUUUCUCCCAAACUCUACCAUUCCUUCUCACACCCGACCAGGUGUAAGUAGAUCCAAUAGUAGGUAGUUGAACCAACUCACACCUAUCAAUACAAUCUUGAAAAACCAGCAUAUCAUUAAGAGAAGGGCUGGAUGGCCCUUUAUAAUCAGCAACCGAAGAGACAACAUUAAAAUCUCCCCCUAAUAUCCAAUCCAACUGACUUUGCUGAGCAUAUAGACACAACCCCUCCCUUAAUCUGGCCCUGUCCGCCCUAGUAUGGAGCCCAUAUACCGGAGAAAAUGUAAAAACAUAGUUCAUAGGGAUGAAUUUGACCGUAAUCAAAAGAAACCGAUCCUUAUCUUGAAUGUCAGUUACCUCAAAAGAGUUGGAAUUCCACAUCAACCAAAUUUUGUUACUUGUCGACAUAUACAAAUCCGAGAAACCCAAACUAAAUUUAAAAAAGCCCCCUCUUCUUUGAUUCACAAUCGGUUCAAUAAUAGAGACAAAAUCAAUGGAAUGGUGCCUUACAAAAUGACAUAGCCUCGGGCACGAAUUAGCAAGGCCACACACAUUCCAAGAAAAGAGCUUCAUAAGGAAACCUCAGCGGAGGGGUCUGUGUUGAUCCUCUUAGCGGCCAUCCUAGUUGUGACUGCCCGUGGAGGAAUAUCUUUAAUCUUCCUAUUUGACACCCCUUCCAAAACUUCCCUCUUUUUGUUUUCUAUAGCUUCCACCUUAUUUUGUAGUUCUACGCACACUGCUUGCCAAGCUUCUAUUGCCAUAUCACCUAGUAUGGACUAUUCUCCAUCUGAAACGAAGCCUUCUAUGUCCACUCUCUCUUCCUCUUCAUGACCACUGCCCUCUUCAAAGGAAAUGAAUUUGGUAACAUUUAAUGUGGAAGGCCCCACAUCUAUACUUUGCACUCCUUGAACUGCCCCAUCAUUUACCAUACUCUUCUCUGCCUUGUGAUUAACCGCCAUCUCCUCAAUUAAUGCUUCAGCUUCCUCCCGCUUAGGAGAGUCCUCCAAAUGAAUAUGCUCAUCCGUUUGAUUUACUGCCUCUACAAUUGGUUGAAUCAGUGUAGCCUCCUCCGCUUUCUUAUGGUCUGCGACUCUUUCUCCUUUUUCAGUUAUUUGAAGACUAGACUUCCCUCCUCCAUUUUUGUCCUUUUUUUGACGUCUCGGCCUGCUUAUCUUGCACAAUCAUCUUAUCUUUUCCUUUCUUAUUCCUCAAAACUUUAAUCCACUGCUCUGGUCCCACCUUUCCCACCUUUGAUUCAUUUUUCCGUAUACUCUGCCCAGCCUGGGCAUUGCCUUCUGUAGGAGGAAGGAUCCUAGGAACACCACACUCUUCAUUUGAAUGACCAAUCCUACUGCACUUCACACAAUAUUUGGGAAGAUCCUCAUAUGUAACCGUCUGAAUAAUUUCCUUCUUGCCAUGCAAUAUUAGAAUUUUUAGGGGAUUUCUUGGAGUAAAUCCAAAUCCACACAAACUUUGGCCGUAGAGGGUCUAGAAAAAUUAGUCGUUGCUACAUCAACUUUAAGAGGCUUGCCAAUCAUUCCCGCUAUAGAGAAUAAUGCCAUUUUGUCUUGCAAAUGAAGUGGUAAACCAUCCAAUGUAAUCCAUACCGGAACAUCCGGAGACUCAACAUCCGGUCAAAAAUCCGGUGUCCAUCUAGUUAUUUUCAUACGAAAGCCUCUUAUGAUCCAAGAUUGCCGCAACCAACACCGUUGAAAAUCCGCUUCCGAUCCAAACUUAAGCAAGAUAUGUCGUUGAUCAAGCAAGCCAAGCGUAAGAGAACCAUUGAACCCAAUUUUCUCAAACUCUUGCCUAAUGAUAGCCAUUGAUGGCCUCCCUCGAGCAAAAGAACCCACCAGGGCAUAUUUGUGUUGCUCCGCAAGCAAUGAAACCUCAUCUUCUGAAAAGCUAAUUGCGGGCAUACCACGAUGCCUAAAUGGCACUUUGAGUGGUAUUUCCUUGUUAGCAGCCAAAACCUCAGCGAAAGACCUAACCGCCGCCCCGACCCAUCGGCCGGGGCAGCCCAAACUGGUGCAACGACCAUCAAACUACGACAUCGCCAGAACAAGCUCUAGGGUUUUGUUACGUACUAUUCUUUUUCCCUUACUUUUUCUUAGUAUUACACAAUUCAGCGCGCAAAAACAAAAGUUACGUGUUUGGUGAAAAGGUUGGCCGAUAAGCUCGAUAAGCCGAAAAACAGUGUUACCAAACGACCUCUUAGAGUUUGACAAGCUUCACGACAUUCAUGUAUUACAUUGAAGGAUGUGUUCUCUUCCUUACACAAACUAUAUUAUGAUAUCUAACAAAAAGAUUUGACUUGAUCUAAUUUGAUUUAAAUAUUUGUACUUUGACUUGAAUUUUUCUUGUUUAACAUUUAUUUAAAUGCAUUUUUCUACAUAUGAACAAAACUAUUUUGGAAUUCAAAAAUAGAAUUACUACUGAUGGAGUAUAUGAGUCUAGGCCCCACGACCCACAUACUCAGAAGAACAGAAAGCACAAACCACUGCACAGUGCCCUCGUCGGCCAAAGGACCCAUGUCGGCCGAAGAGGGACCAAAUCAGAAUAUGAUCCUGAAGCCAGGGAACCAGGGUGUCCUCGUCGGCCAUGCCCUCGUCGGCCAGACCCCUGUCGGCCACGGAAGUCUCGCAGAACUAGAUCUUACACUUAUCCAUUUAUAUAUUCCAUCAUUUACUUUGUAUUCGGCCCAAUAGCGGUCCAGUUGUAAAUGGGCCUCCCAAGCCCAAGACUUGGGAGCCCAGCCCGUAUUUUUCCUAUAAAUACUUCCUCUGGAGGUAGUUAUAGGGGUUACAAAAUCAUUCUAUUGAAGCAUUUACUUGCACUUCUCUCUCUAGCUCUCACUUCUCUCUAGAAUCUAGAUAUAUAUUCUAUCAUUUGGUGCUCUCGUUGAGAGCUAGAACAAUCAAGUUAGCACCCUUCGUCGCUACCAAGCACACCUAACCACUAAUCAUGGGAAGAACUAAGUCAAACUGCAACCUCAUCAGCAAGGCCAUCCCUGAGGAUCAGGAGACCAGGGAGCAUAAGGAGAACGCCACGGCCGACCAGGUCGGCGGAGGGGACGUCUUCCAGGAGGCCAUCAACCUCACUACGGACCUCCGCAACCAGCUCAACGGCGGCGCUUCUGACGCCCGAAUCGUCCUGGACAAGAAGCGCGCGGAGAAGAAAGACCACGCCCCGGCCCAGCCUAUGGCCGCGGUUUCUCCGUCUGUGGAUCCACAGGUCCAAGCCACGUUGUCGGUCAUCAUCGCCAGCUUGGCUCAGAACCCCACCGUCCUCAGCGCACUCUUGCCAAGGACCGGGGGGAACGUCACUCCACCUCCUCAGCCCCAACCGUUGGCCGUCAUGUUAGGCAACGAUGAGGGGGUGAUGGCCUAAGACACGGCGUCAUCCCACUCCCACCCCGCUUCCCCUCUUCGGCCUGGGCAGACCCCAGCGCGUGGAAAAGCCUCUGCCUUCAAUAGGCUUGGUGACACGCGCCGUCGUCCGGUUUCGGAGAGGAUGGCAGGGCGGAUUGGUGAGCGUCGGCCUGGCUCGCCAAGAGAAAUCUUGGGGUCUGUGUCCCGGACAGCGGACCAGCCCCGCCUGGACAAGGGCAAGGGAAAGUUGCACGAGGAUGACGUGCGCCACCAGAUCAAUGCGGCUCACGAUGAGCGCAUGAAGAACCAGCAGGGCGCCGCUGCGGCCGCCAGGGAUCCCUGGGACAAAGUUAUCGCCCAGCUGGAAAGGAGGCUGGCCCAUAUGGAAGCCAGGCAAUCGGCAAACGUCCCUACGGCCGGCGUCUCCAACGAUCCUGGCCUCAACGCUCUCAUGAACAAGGUCAGCGCCCUUGAGAGGGAGUUGGCCGAAGGGCGAGGUGACCCCGUCAUCCAGGUCAGGACCAGGACCCCCUUCACUAACAGGGUGCUCUCGGUCCCCAUCCCGGAGAAGUACAGGGGAAACGCCAUCAAGUCCUACGACGGCCGAUCAGACCCCCAAGAGCAUUUCAGCCGCUACCAAAAUAACAUGCUGAUGGUGAACGCGUCAGACGAAUAUCUCUGCCGUUGGUUCCUCUCCACUCUUGAGGGGCCGGCGUACGAGUGGUUCAACGCGCUUCUAGAAGGAAGUAUUGACUCAUGGCAAGACCUUGCCCAGCGCUUCCUCACCCACUUUGCCAGGAGGAAGCGUGCGAAGAAGUAUUUCACCCAUCUCCUCUCCGUCAAGCAGCAACAUGACGAACCCCUCCGGUCAUUCAUUGAUCGGUGGACGAGGGAGACCGAAGAGGUCGAGGGGGACGAUGAGCGCACCCUCCUCGUCCUAUACCAGGGAGCCCUCCGCAGCUCCCCGUACGCCAGGAGCCUCAUCACCGACCCUCCGAGGUCGUAUGCAAAGGCGCUUCAGGGCGGGAGCUUGUAUGCCGACGCGGACGAGCUCCACAACCACAAAAAAGAGGGAGGCCAUCCCUCUAAGAAGACAAAUCCUUCGCCAGCCCCGGGACCAUCCCCGGCCGGCCAGGGUGCCAGGGCCGUCACGGCUCUGGUGGACAAAGCAAGAAAGACCGCCACUGGCGGCCGAGGUUGGAACGGCCGGGGAUCCCCCUCACCCACCCGGUCAGCACCAUCCUCGACUUCGCCGAGAAGCAUGGACUCAUUGAGCAAGCUCCUCGGCCGGCCGAGGAGGUCAUUGCCAUCCAGCAAGGCGGCACAUACUGCCGAUUUCACAAGAACUCCUCACACAACACCGGCGACUGCAUCACGCUGAAGAAAGCCAUCGAGCGCCUUAUUCGUCAGGGGGAACUCUCCAAAUUUGUUAAAGGUGGCCCACGCAAAAAUACGUGGGUAAACACCGGUAAACCUGGGGGCGAACCCUCUACGAGGAAGCGAGAGAUCGGCAGGCUCAGCGACGACGAGGACUUUGAAGAGCCUCCGCCAAAGAAGAACCAUAUUCACCUCAUCGUAGGUGGGAAUACCGGUGGGGACUCCGUCACCCAGAGGAAGAAAUGGGCCCAAUCCCUUUACAUUGGGGAGGUGUCCCACGUUCCCCCCUAGCCGAAGAAGCAGCGAACGGAGACGAUCACCUUCACCGAAAAAGAUCUGCCUCCGGGUACGGAAUCACACAGGGACGCCCUCGUCAUCCGGUGUGAGAUCGGUGACUCCAUCAUCCACCGCACUUACAUCGAUACGGGGAGCUCCGUCAACGUGAUGUACCUGGACACCUUCAGGCAGUUGAAGCUGGACAAAGCUCUACUGAAGCCGAUCAAGACACCGUUGUCCGGAUUCACCGAGGACUCUAUCGACGCCGAGGGCACGAUAGUCCUCCCCGUGGAGGUCGGCGACGGCCCCCACCGCGCCAAAAUUGACAUGGAGUUCAUGGUGGUCAACCUCCAGUGCGCCCACAACCUGAUCUUGGGGCGGCCAGCACUGGAGGACUUGGAGGCCAUCAUCUCCAUGAAACACUUAUGUCUGAAGUUCCCCACCAAUGGCGGCAUCGGCUACGCCAGAGGAAACCAGAGGAUAGCCAGAGCAUGCUACCUCAAGCUAACGAGGCCGGCCGAGAGGGAAGGACAGAGGAUAGACACCAUCACGGCAGCCGCUGCCAAGGACGAGGAGAGACCGCAUGCCGAACCGGCCGAGGAGGUCGAGAAAGUCCCUCUGGAUACCUCCUGGCCGGAGCGGGUCCUCAAGAUCGGGAAGCAACUCCCACAGGACCAGCGGGACGCCAUCCUCCUCGUCCUACGGUCACACGCUGUCAUCUUCGCGUGGGGCCCGGACGACAUGCCAGGCAUCAGCUGACAGGUGAUCACCCACCGGCUGACCGUCGAUCCAGCCUCCGCAUCUGUCAAGCAGAAGCGGCGCUACUUAUCCGCCGACAGGCGGGACUUCGUCAAAGGGGAGGUCGCCAUGCUCCUCUCAAUCAACCACAUCAAGGAGGUGAAGUACCUGACGUGGCUAGCCAACGUCAUCCUCGCCCAAAAACCACCGACAUUCAGAAUGUGUGUUGAUUACACUGACCUGAACAAGGCAUGCCCCAUGGACCCGUUCCCUCUCCCCAACAUUGAUCAGUUGGUGGACGAGACGGCGGGAUGCGAGUUGAUUUCGUUCCUUGAUGCUUUCAGAUGGUACCACCAAAUUUUCAUGCAUGAAGAUGACGCUGAGAAGACGACAUUCAUGACCCCAGAGGGAAUUUUUCCUACCUCGUCAUGGCUUUCGGACUCAAAAAAUCCGGCGCCACCUAUACCAGGAUGGUGGCCAAGAUCUUUAGAGCAUUCCUCGGCCGGACAAUGGAGGCAUACGUCGACGACAUGAUUGUCAAGAGCAGGCAAGCCACCACACAUGCUGACGACCUCCGGGAAAUUUUUGAAAUCAUGAAGGAGUUCAAGCUCCGCCUCAACCCCAAGAAGUGCGCCUUUGGCGUCCAAGGCGGCAAGUUCCUCAGCUACAUGGUCAGCCGAAGAGGCAUCGAAAUAAAUCCGGAGAAGAUACAGGCUAUCAUCGUCAUGGAGCCACCCCGCAACGUCAAAGAGGUAUAACGACUGAUAGGGCGACUGGCGGCCCUGAGCCGUUUCCUCUCCAAGUCAGCCGAGAGGUCACUCCCUUUCUUCCAGAUCAUGCGCAAAGCAAACAGCUUCAAAUGAACGACGGAGUGCCAGGAAGCGUUCGAAGAGCUGAAGAGGUACCUUUCGUCCCCACCCGUGCUCUCCAAGCCCAAAACCGGCGAAACCCUCUUCUUGUACUUAGGGGUGAGCACGUCGGCCAUCAGCUCCGUGCUCAUCCGUGAGGACGAAGGGGUGAAGAAGGCCAUUUUCUACACCAGCAAGACACUUAGGGAGGCCGAGCUCAGGUACCCCCCAUUGAGAAGACGGUGCUAGCCAUCGUCCAUACGGUGAAAAAGCUGGGGCACUACUUCCAGGCCCAUGCCGUGCAUGUACUGACCCAGUAGCCCCUUGGCGCACUCAUGAGGAGCCCCACUAGCUCCUCAAGGAUGGUGAAAUGGGCGAUCUUCCUCAGCCAAUUUCAUAUUGAGAUCAAGCCAAGGCCAUCUAUCAAAGGGCAGGCCUUGGCCGACUUCGUCACCGAAUGCACGGCAAGGGAGACAACCGCUACCACCCCCGGGCCAGAGCCUGAUGACACAUGGAUCCUCUUCACCGACGGCUCGUCGGCCGCGAAAUCAUGCGGCGACGGCGACGUCCUCAUAUCCCCUGAAGGAUCCAGAGCUUACUAUGCCAUCCGCUUCAACUUCAGGGUAUCCAACAAUGAAGCCGAGUAUGAGGCCCUCCUCAGCGGCCUCAGACUUACCGCAAGCCUCAAAGCCAGGCACAUCAGAAUCAGGUGCGACUCCAAGCUGGUAGUGGGCCAGGUUGAGGGUACGUACGAAGCAAAGGAAGGCCGGAUGAAGCAAUACAAACAGGCGGCAGAGGAGUUGCUGAAGGCGUUCGAAACCCACGAGAUCACACAGAUCCCAAGGGCCGAGAACGCCGAGGCCGACAUCCUCUCCAAACUCAGCUCGGACACUCCAGAGCACAUCUCCAAGUUAGCCAAGAUCGAGGAGCUGAGCAUGUCCAGCAUCCAUGCCAUCCCCAUCUUGUGCAUCCAACAACGACCGGAGGACUGGAUCUCCGACAUCACCACUUUCAUCACGACGGGGGAGCUACCCCAGGACGAGGAGAGGGCCAAGCUCGCCAAGCUCAGGGCCCCAAGCUACAUUAUUGAAGAUGGCAAACUCUACAAACGAUCCUAUAAUGGUACUCUCCUCCGAUGCCUACACCAGGACGAGGCCGAUGUGGCCAUGGAAGAAGUUCACUGUGGUGUUUGCUCCUCACACCAGGGCCCCUUCAGUAUGUCCCGGCGUCUCGUCGUCCAGGGCUAUUUCUGGUCGACGAUGGCGCGGGAUUGUGCAAAUCUAGCAAGGAAAUGCACCACGUGCCAGGUGCUCCAGAAGGCCCCUGGUCGGCCAGCCGUCAACUACGCCCCCGUCAGCACUGCAAUUCCUUUUUCGAGAUGGGGGAUUGACCUGGUCGGCCCUCUACCCAGAGGUGCUGGCAACAACCGCUACAUCAUCGUCGCAGUCGACUACUUCACCAAGUGGGUCGAAGCGGAUCCUUUGGCCAACAUCACGGGGGCUAGGUGUCAGAAGUUCGUCCACAAGAACAUUCUCACCCGUUUUGGUGUCCCCCAAGAGAUCAUAUCCGACAAUGGCACCCAGUUCGAAGCGGCGCCCUUCCAAGAGUUCCUUCGAGAAUGGGGAAUAAAGCACCGUUUCUCCUCCGUUGCCUACCCUCAAGGCAACGGGCAAGUUGAGAACGCCAACAUAACCAUAAUGGUGGGGCUGAAGAAGAACCUACAGGACGCAGGAGGAAGUUGGGCCGACGAGCUCCCCAACAUCUUGUGGUGCUAUCGUAGUACGCCGAGGAGGGCAACAGGUGAAACACCUUUUGCUCUGUGCUAUGGUUUUGAAGCAAAGGCACCCACGGAGGUCACCAUUCCCAGCCGACAGGUGGAGCAGUAUGACCCAGAGGUCAACGAGGAAAACAUGAAAAUCGACCUCCACCUGGUCGACGAAAGACGUGAACAGGCAUUCAUCCGAGCAGAGAACUACCGGCGUCAAGUAAAAUCAUACUAUGACGCCAAGGUACGUUCCCGAGAAUUCCAAGUGGGGGACUACGUCCUCCGCCGAAGGGAAGCAAGUCAGCCGACAGAAGGAGGCAAGCUAGCCUUGAAGUAUGAAGGUCCCUACAUCGUCAGUGCCGUGGCGAAACCCGGUACCUACAAGCUUAAACGCCCCAACGGGACCAAUGUACCACGAACGUGGAAUGUACACCAUUUGGUGAAGUUUUAUCAAUAACCCAAAGGAGGUGCAGCCGGCGAAGCCCUCACCCUUUGACGGGUUAUUGAUUGAACGCCACCCUCGGCCUUGAGCCACUUUUGAAUAAAAAUCAUGUUUCCUUUGAUUUCUUGGAAUUCAAGUAGCACAUUAACAGGCGCCCCCAUCGGCCACCUUAGAGCGAAAGGCUCAGGCAUGGCCGAUGUGGCGCUUCGCAUUUGCAGCCUUAGAGCGGAAAGCUCCGGUAUGCCCCAUUGUAUUUUGUAUAAGCGAAAGGUUUAGGCCCAUCUGAAAGAGCACGUCGUACCGGCCCCUCAGAGCAAAUCGCUCAGGUAGGGCCGACGAUGUCCCCGGGACGAUGGGCCCGCAAACGGCCUGCGUCUUGAAACAGGAAGUUCACCGCGUCGUCCACGCGCCUGAUCGCAGGACGACAAGCCUGAAAUCAUGGCCGAGGUGACAAAAUCCCCAAACUCAGGGAUGGGCAACGGCAGCCGUUGGAAACCAACCAAAAGUCUAGCCCGCGUCAUAAACAGGCGACGGGACCCCCCCUGAGAUCAUGGACGUUAUAAACGAAGUCCAAACCGGCGGAGGACUAUCGACCCCUUCGGCCGAAGCCUGAAAGAAGGACACUCCCCGAAAUAGGGAAAAAAGAGGGAAGCCGAGGACUGCGCGCACUUGCCGGCCUCGAGGUGUAAAAAUAAAUCCCCACAAAUCAGCCACACAUUUGGCUAAGUACAUAUCAGUUGAAUACAAAGGUAACACUACCAACAGGUAACGAUGGAUGAUGGUAACCUCACUACGUCCAUUGAUCAUGUUGGAAAUGAAUUUGUAAAAUUUUUUGUUGAUCUUUUUUGCACCGAGAUGGAAACCCUUUCCAUUGACCAAACGGUACUAGGAACCGGCCCCUUGAUUGAACCAAGUGUUCAUGAUAGCCUAUUAUCUCCGAUAACUAGCAAAGAAAUUAAAGAUGCUUUGUUUGAUAUCGGGGAUGACAAGGCACCGGGGCCGGACGGUUAUUCCUCGACAUUUUUUAAGAAAAAUUGGAAUAUUGUGGGGGAGGAUGUGAUCCGGUCGACUAAGGAGUUCUUUAACUCGGGAAGGUUGCUUAAACAGUUAAAUCAUACUGUUAUAGCACUUAUUCCUAAAACUAGUCACUCUCCUAAGGUCUCGGAUUAUAGGCCUAUUUCAUGUACUAAUGUGCUUUACAAGAUUAUUACAAAGAUUAUUGCGACAAGAAUGAUCCCGACCCUUGAGGGUUUGAUUAACAAGGCACAAGGUGCAUUUGUGGAUGGCCGCCUAAUGUUUGAUAACAUUUUCCUUGCCCAGGAACUUGUUAGAGGAUACAAUAGGAAGCGAAUUUCACCUCGUUGUAUGAUAAUGGUGGAUUUGCGAAAGGCCUAUGAUACUAUCUCGUGGGACUUUCUUGCCAAUGUACUUAGGGGUUUGGGCUACCCCGAUAGAUUUGUGGAAUGGAUUAUGGAGUGUGUUUCUACCGCUUCUUUUUCUGUCUCUUUGAAUGGUACAUUACAUGGUUUCUUUAAUGGUAAGCGUGGCAUUAGGCAAGGGGAUCCAAUGUCCCCUUUGCUCUUCGUUGCAUGCCUUGAAUAUUUCUCGCACCUCCUUACCAUCAAAAGCAUGGAUUCGAGGUUUAAUCACCACCCGCUAUGUGGCUCAUUGGGAAUAACUCACCUGGCCUAUGCAGAUGAUCUCAUGCUCUUCUCGAGAGGAGACAAAUAUUCCAUUGGAAUAUUGGUUGAUGCUCUUAAAGAGUUUGGGGACGUCUCGGGCCUUAGAAUUAACCAUAAUAAAUCCAAUAUUUUCGUUGGUGGGGUUAAUGGGCUGGAUUUGCAAAACAUAUUGGACCUCGUUGACUAUGGUCGUGGAGUAUUCCCGGUGAGAUACCUUGGAAUCGCACUAGCACCGCUAAAAAUCUCCGUGGCACAAUAUGCUCCCUUCCUUGAUACGGUAAACGAUUUUCUAAACGCGUGGAACACAAAGACGAUCUCCUAUGCCGGUAAACUAGACCUAAUAUGAUCUGUGAUCCAAGGGGUCCAGUCGUUUUGGCUCCAAGUUUUCCCGAUUCCCCAAACUAUUUUGGAUAGGAUAGUAUCGAUCUGUCGAAUCUUCCUAUGGGGUGGUAAGUUUUUGAAAGUAGCUUGGGAAGACAUUUGUCUCCCAAAGGAGGAAGGAGGACUUGGCAUUCAUAAUGCUAAGGUAUGGAAUCACGCCCUCCUCUCUCGUACUUUAUGGGAUGUCCAUAUGAAGAAGGACACCCUUUGGGUCAAAUGGGUGAACGGUGUAUACCUUCAAGGUAGAACCGUGUGGGAUUUUAUCCCACACACCCGGGACUCACAUCUCAUGAAGUGGUUGAGUCUCAUCCGUGAUAAAAUCCGAGGGUGCUUCAAUAAUCUCAAUGACACUAUCAUGGGCCUUGCCUCGAGAGCCUCUAAUGGUAAAUUAGCCUCCACAAAAAUUUACGAUCUCCUAAGGGUCAAGGGAGAAACUAGGACUCCUAUGAGUUUGAUAUGGAAAUCCUACAUUCCCCCCAAACUCUCAUUUAACACAUGGCUGGCCCUAAGAAACCGACUACCUACACAAGAUAGCCUCGGGUAUCUUUAUAUCGUGAAUCGGUGUGAUCUCUGUAAGGGUGGUUUGGAAACAAUACCACACCUUUUCUUUCUUUGCCCCUUUACUUGUAGGGUGUGGCAUCACGUAAGGAGUUGGAUGGGACCAAGGCAUGAGAUGUCUACCUUGUUGAGUUCAAUCAAAUGGAUCAAGAAGAUCCAUAAAGGAUCAACGAUGAAGGCCAAAGCAGCCCGCAUUGCUUUCUGUGCAACGGUGUACUACAUUUGGCACGCAAGGAAUGAGUGCAGAUUUGAUGGAAAAAUGAAGACGGAGGAGGAGGUUAUUGCUAAGGUCAAACAUGUGGUGUAUAAGAUGGCCGUCUUUGUCCGAAUUGAGGGGCGGCGCCGCAGUGAAUUUUCGAGCAACCCUGGAUCUAUGUUGAAAUCUAAUCUCUGCCUGCUGCGAUGAUCUGAUUCCGUUUAAUUCCUCAUGUGCGCAGUGGCGGAACCAGCCUGGGGAUCUUGGAGGGGCACAUAUUGGGAAAGGAAAAGGUCUUCGACAAGGUGGGCGGCUUGCCGCGUCCCUGAAUUUCCGGUCUCCGACAAGAUAGACAGUGGCAAGAGGAAGUGCCAAAGAGGUUACGACGUUGCGUACUAUGAGCCCUUUAGAAGAGUUUGUGUCGGCCUUAUGAGCCGUUGUGGCUUGCUACGCAAUAGAGGUCUCCAAUAGGCGGCAAGGGAGACCGCAUUCACGCUAUAAUAAAGAGGCCACAAGUGGAGGUUUACAAGACCAUGAUCAAGGAAAACAAAAAUUACGCUCUAAGGACGUUUUUGGUCCUGGACAACUACCAAACUGUCAAAACAAGUGACCAUCCUUACCUGAUUCAAUUCAUCAGCAAAACUCAGUUCACCGAAGACACUAGGACAGAGUUGCCAAUGAUGGUGUACGACUUUCAGCCAUUUGACAUGCUGCAGGCUCAACGCGUCGUCAAAGACAAAAAAAUGAUUGAUGUCAUAGGCAAAGUCAUAUGUAAGAGCGGCGUUCAAAACCAUAUCAUAAGUGGAAGGGCUUAAAGGAUGAUGGAGUUGACAUUAGGAGACCCUGAAGGGAACAGACUCGGAUGUGUAUUGUGGAACAAGUACAUAUACCAGUAUAUGGAGUAUGUGACCGAGAAUGUUGGUGUGCCUGUGUAUGUAAUUUUUCAGCUAUGCAGGCCAAAGAGAUACCAAGGCACCCUAUCUGUAUCAUCUUCAUUUGAUGUGUCAAAACUGAUAAUCAAUGGGAACUCAAGCGAGUUUAUUGAAUUUCAAAGCGAAUUUCCUGUAGAUGGUGAUGACAACGUCACAGCCACAACCGUCUCACAAUCUUCCCAUGGUGAUGAGAGCCGUGAAGAUGUCCUUGCGGGCCAAGCUGUCAUAACGACUAUUCAGGAAUUGGUUAAGGCUACAGAGGAUGGGGUUUACUGGAUCAUCGGAGACAUUGUGUCUCUUGAAAACUAUAGAGAAUGGUGUUACCUAGGCUGUCCCACAUGCCACAAAAAACUAAAACCAGAGGAUGAUAGGUUCAUGUGUACCAUUUGCCAUGUCACAAUGGCAGAUGGGGUGUAUCGGUACAAAGUCAGCAUUUGCAUCAUGGACCAGACUGGUCAUUCAACCUUCAUUCUGUGGGACAGGGAAUGUAUUGAAGUUUUUGGAAAAACACUUGCUUUUCUAAUGGCUGAGAUGGAGAAGAAGACUGAAGACCAAACUCGAUUUCCAGAAGACAUAGAAAGCUUGGUUGACCAAAAGGGCCUGUUUAAAAUAUAACUGAAGACAAAAAGUGAGGAGAAUACUUACAAGAAAACAAAGUCAUUUACUGUGGUGACCAUGAUAAGAGACCCUAAGGUUAUGGCAUUGUAUGAAGCGGAUAAGGAACAACAAUCAGUUCAUGACACUCCAACUGAGAAGAUUGGGUCAAGUCUCCACAAUGGUGAAAGUUCUACAGCGAGGAAAAAGGGAAAGAUGUCCAAAAACAAGAGGUUGUCGAGGCAAUUGACCUCCCAGACUCACCCCCACUGGGUACGCAGAAGGUGGUGGAGGUGGAAAUGGAUGGACAACUCAAAAGGAAUCUGAUAGAUGAAUUCUCUACAAGUGGUGCUGUGAAGAAGCUGAAGAUAAAAAUUAAAGAAGAACCACUCUGAAGAACAAGGGCCAGUCUGUUGGUCGGGACUGAUAUUUUGUACUGAGGCAUCCUUGGACUUAUAUUUUGUUUUGUGGUGUUGGGUUGUAGCCUAAAACACUAUCUUGGGCAUGAUUGUGUCUUACUUUCGGCAGUGUGGACAAACUAAGCAUGACACUAUAUUUCUCCUAUGGGAACUAAGUACUAUUUUGAAAAAUUGUAUUAUCGAUAUGAUGAUGUGAUAUGUUUAUUUUGCAGGACACGGGCAACACUUCAACAGUUUGGGAGAAUAGAUUUAAAAAAUAAUACUUCAAUGUUUAUAAAUGAGUGUCUCCAGGUCCUAUGAAUUUCAUUCAGGUCAUGGGAGUACAUAAGGAUGAGGCUAAGGUCAAGGACAAUGGACCUUCUAAAGUCCACCGAGGGGAUCUAGGAGGCACUAAGCAUGAGUUUAUAUUAAGUCCAAAAUGUAAAUAUUAUUAAUGUUGUAA